UGGGGUGUCAAACCACGUGACAUGUCAGAUUUGAGUUCUCGAGGUCGAAGCUCCCCAGGGCCAUACGUCUGUCCACCCUGUCGGUGCCCGCUUGCUUCACACAGUUAGCUGUCUCAGCCCGGUAUGAAGAGGCCGUCAGCUUCUAUGUCAGCCGUGCGUAUAAUAUCCGUCUGUUCCCAAGCGCGUUGUACGCUUCGGACCUGCAUAAAUAGCUGGCUCUUUCCCUAUCUUUAUUCUUCAGCUCUAAAUCAUGGUUGAAACAGUUACACUCUCUGAUGGCCACACUAUGCCCGCUUUUGGGCUUGGUGUCUACUUGAACGAGGAAUGCGCGGAAGCUUGCAUGGUUGCCCUUCAAAAUGGUUACCGAAUGAUUGAUGGGGCCCGGCUCUACAAGAAUGAAGUCCAAGUCGGUGUUGGGGUAGGGAAGAGUGGUGUUAAGCGCGAAAACGUCUUUAUCACUUCCAAGGUCUUCCAUACCGAUUUCACCUACGAUGGCACGACGGCUGCUUUGAAAGACUCGAUCGCGAACCUUGGAUCUUCGUAUUAUGAUUUAUACCUAACCCACAGCGCCAUUGGAGGUAAGGACGCACGUCUUGCCGCCUACAGGGCUCUCUUGGACGGCAAGGCGAGCGGGAUGAUCAGAUCUAUUGGCGUCUCCAAUUACUCAGCAAAGCACAUAGAAGAGAUUCGUGAGGCUGGUCUAGAGAUGCCUGUUGUGAACCAAAUAGAGGCGAGCAUUACUGCGAUUGGCUCACACAACCAUUGCGAGGAAGCUAAAACUGUCAUCAGUUACAUCCAUUCUGCCAGCAAAAACCCAUCGUCGAAUACUGCAUACUCGCCUCUUGUGCGUGGUGCUCUCGACAACCCGGUCAUCCAGGAGCUCUCCACAAAGAUUCUUAUCAGGUGGUCUUUACAACGAGGAUUUGUGCCCCUGCCGAAAUCCUCGCAGCCCGAACGUAUUAUAUCCAACGGCCAAGUAUUUGGUUGGAACAUCGAACCUACGGACAUGGCAAAGCUUGACGCGUUGGACCGCGGGAAGGAAGGUGCAGUUACCUGGAAUCCAGUCGACGUCGACUAA